AUGAACAAGAUGAAAAAGCUGUCUGAGCAGAUCCUGCAUAACAUCCUGGAGAUUCUCUACCUGCUGACAGGAGAGCGUGUGACUAACUUACUGACAGUGAGUCACAUGACCGGGGACAAGAUGACAACAGAGGAGAUACUGACCCACACCCUGCAGAUCAUGUACCUGCUGACAGGGGAGGUGCCUAUAAAGUGUGAUGAUGUUGCUGUGUAUUUCUCUAUGGAAGAGUGGGAGUAUAUAGAGGGACACAAGGAGCUUUACAAGGACGUUAUGAUGGAGACUCACCAAGCACUAAGUACUAUGGAGGUCCUAGGAAAUGAGAGCUCAGGUAUAGGGGCUGUUGGAAUAUCACUGACCAUGAACAAGAUGAAGAAGAAGCUGCCUGAGCGUAUACUGAACCAUAUCCUGGAGAUUCUUUUCCUUCUGACGGGAGAGCGUGUGGCAAACUCACUGACAGCAUGUGAUAUGAAUGGGGACAAGGUGAUGGCAGAGAAGAUGCUGACCCACACCCUGCAGAUCGUGUACCUGCUGACAGGGGAGGUGCCUAUAAAGUGUGAAGAUGUUGCUGUGUAUUUCUCUAUGGAGGAGUGGGAGUAUAUAGAGGGACACAAGGAGAUUUACAAGGACAUCAUGAUGGAGACUCACCAAGCACUAAGGACUAUGGAGAUCCCAGGAGAUGAGAGCUCAGGUGAAUUUACAAACUGCUGUAAUCUGAGUCAUGGUCAGAGGGCUGAUACUUCUUUAAAUAUUCUUCAAAAUCAAAGAAGCCACAUGGGAAAUUCAUGUUCUGACUGUGGGAAAUGUUUUACUCUGAAAUCGCAGCUUAUUGACCAUCAGAAACCUCAUGCAGGAGAGAAAGCAUGUUCAUGUACUGAAUAUGGGAAAUGUUUGACUAAGAAAUCACAUCUUAUUAGUCAUCAGACAAUUCAUACAGAGGAGAAAGUAUUUUCAUGUUCUGAAUGUGGGAAAUAUUUUAGACAGAAAGGAGGGUGA